AACGCUGUGUCGAUGCGGUGCGAUGACGCCUGGCUACGCGCCGCACUGGUGCGCUGACGUCAGAUUGGCGCGACCUUACAAUGACGGACCAAGAAAACAACAACAGCUUUUCAGCCAAUCCUUUUGCUGCCCUGUUUGGGUCUUUGGCUGAGGCUCGCCAAUUUGUGGCUGGUCAGAAAGAGCAACUCAGGCAGACUGAGGAUGAUGCUGAAGAGAGCCAAGAUGAGUCAGACAACAGCGUGUCAGAAAGCCUGGAUGAUUGUGAUGACUCUGUGGCAGAAAUCAGUCGAUCUUUUCGGUCCCAGCAGGAAAUCUGUGAGCAGCUAAACAUUAAUCACAUGAUCCAAAGGAUCUUCCUCAUUACCUUGGACAACAGUGAUCCCAGUCUGAAGAGUGGGAAUGGAAUUCCUUUACGUUGUGUGUAUUUGGAAGAGCUUGGAUCAGAGCUGGAUGGGCAGGACUGGCUUGACAUGGAUAAUGUUGAACAGGCUCUGUUUACACGACUACUUCUCCCAGAGCCAGGAAAGUAUCUAAUCUGUAUGACAUCCUCUGGAGCCCCCAAUUUAUCUGCAGAGAGAGAUGCUGGAGAGAAACAAAUAAUCCCAUUCUUAUUUUCCUGUUUUCGUAGAGCCAAGAAAGAGGUCACAAAAGUGCCUGAGAACCUUUUACCAUAUGCUGUACGCUGUAAAGCUCUGACUGUAUCCAAUGCUCGUACUGUUCUACUGACCCCAGAGAUAUACCAUGGGCAGGAUAUUGCCACACAGUUGGUGGACUUGAUGCUAGAAGAACUCAGAGGAGCAAAUUUUGAAGAGGUAAAGGAGUUCUUGGAGGAGGUGAUAGAGGCUCUUCUGAAAGAUGAGGAGGUCCGCUCUUUUAGUGAGGUCUUCCACCCAGUAUUCGAUGUUCUCCUGGAGCGCGUACAGGAUUUGGACCUUUGUCAGAUGCUACUCUACACUUACCUUGACCUUCUUCUAUACUGCACCCACCAGAAGGACAUUGCCAAGGUGUUUGUGGAAUAUAUUCAGCCACAGGACCCCACAAACGGGCAUCAGUAUCAGAAGACUCUGUUGGGUGUAAUCCUUAAUAUCUCUUGUUUACUGCGCACGCCAGGGGUAGUUGAGAAUCAUGGCUUCUUUAUAAAUCCAUCUCGCUCCAGCCCUCAAGAGAUCAAAGUACAGGAAUCUAAUAUACAUCAGUUUAUGGCUCAGUUUCAUGAGAAGAUUUAUCAACUUCUGAAGAACCUACUUCAGUUAUCCCCAGAUACUAAGCACCGUAUUUUGUCCUGGCUGGGGAACUGCCUGCAUGCCAAUGCUGGUCGUACAAAAAUCUGGGCUAACCAGGUGCCCGAGAUCUUCAUGCAAACCUAUGCAUCUGACAGUUUCUUCCUGAACCUUGGAGCAGCCUUACUCCGCCUCUGCCAACCAUUCUCUAAGCCACGUUCUGCACGUCUGCUGACUUUUAACCCCACCUAUUGUGCUCUAAAAGAAGUCAAUGAGGAGGAACGCCGGAGCAGGAAUAUGCACAUGAAAGGGUUGGAUAAGGAGACCUGCUUGAUACCAGCUGCUGCUGACCAGCAGCCUGACUUUCCUGAGAACUUCAACUUGGUGACAGAAAACCUAGUGUUGACACAAUACACAUUGCACUUAGGCUUCCAUAGGUUGCAUGAGCAAAUGGUUAAGGUCAACCAGAGCCUGCAUCGGCUUCAGGGUGCAUGGAGAGAUGCCCAGCAGAGUGGAAGCCCCACAGCAGAGAACCUUAGAGAACAGUUUGAGCGGCUUAUGACCAUUUACCUAUGUCUGAAAACAGCUUUGAGUGAACCCCAAAUGCUUCAGAACUGUAUUCAUCUUCAAGUGUCAACUGCACUGCUCUUAGUGCAAAUUGCAUAUGGCAACAAAGGCACAGAACCAGUGGCCCUCUCUUUUCCUAUGCCUAAUGUACAGCACAGUGCUCUGGCUUAUGUACCAGAAUUCUUUGCUGAUAAUUUGGGGGAUUUCUUCAUAUUCCUACGCCGUUUUGCAGAUGAAGUUUUGGAAACUGCAGCAGACUCCUUAGAGCAAAUUCUUGAUUUUAUCACUGUUUUUACUGGCAGUGUUGAGAGAAUGAAGAACCCCCACUUGCGGGCCAAGCUGGCAGAGGUCCUAGAGGCAGUGAUGCCACAUCUGGAACAGGUGCAAAACCCCCUGAUUUCUAGUGUGUUCCAUCGGCAGCGUAUCUUCUGUUCAUACCAACAUGCCCCUCACUUGGCGGAAGCCCUCAUUAAGGUGUUUGUUGACAUUGAAUUCACAGGGGACCCUCAUCAGUUUGAACAGAAGUUUAAUUAUCGGCGACCAAUGUAUCCCAUACUAAAGUACAUGUGGGGAAGAGACAAUUACAGACAAAGUAUAAAGAACCUAGCUGACUAUGCCUCUAAAAAUCUGGAAGCAGUGAACCCACCUCUCUUUUUACGGUUCCUUAAUCUCCUCAUGAAUGAUGCUGUAUUUCUGCUUGAUGAGGCAAUCCAGUAUCUGAGCAAGAUUAAAGUUCUGCAGAUAGAAAGGGACCGAGGUGAAUGGGAUGCAUUGAGCCCUGAGAGCCGGCGGGAAAAGGAGUCCAACCUCCUUAUGUUUGGCCAGCUGGCCCGAUUUCAUAAUAUCAUGUCGAAUGAGACCAUUGGAACCUUGGCCUUCCUUACCUCAGAUAUACGUUCUCUCUUUGUUCAGCCAUUUCUUGCUGAUCGCACUAUUUCCAUGCUCAACUACUUCCUGCAGCAUCUUGUCGGGCCUAAGAUGGGGGCCCUGAAGGUGAAAGAUUUCAGUGAGUUUGACUUCAAGCCACAGCAAUUGGUGUCUGACAUCUGCACAAUCUACCUAAAUCUCGGGGAAGAGGAGCAUUUCUGUGCCUCUGUGCCUAAAGACGGACGCUCAUAUUCACCCAUGCUUUUUGCUCAAACUGUGCGGGUACUAAAAAAGAUAAAUAAGCCUGGAAAUAUGAUCGUGGCAUUCACCAAUUUAGCUGAACAGAUCAAGUCUUUGGCAGACCGGCAGCAACAGGAAGAAGAAACAUUUGCUGAUGCCCCAGAUGACUUCUUGGACCCUAUUAUGAGUACGGUCAUGUCUGACCCAGUAAUUCUACCCUCCUCCCGUGUUACUGUGGAUAGGUCAACUAUCGCCCGGCACCUUCUGAGUGACCAGACUGAUCCUUUCAACCGAAGUCCUCUAACCAUGGAUCAGAUCAAACCAAAUGUUGAAUUAAAAGACAGGAUCCUUCAAUGGCUAGCCCAGCGGAAGCAGCAGAGUGAGAACCUUGGCCCCGGAUCAUUAUAGACAGACUUCUGUACCAGAAAUGGAUAUUUCAGUUUCCUUUGGCAGCAGAUGAUAUCAAUGCUAAUGUCAUUUGGUUGCAAGCAAAGACUUAUCAGCUGCCACCUUGUUUUCUAUCCACAUGAAACACAUGUAUGCAAAAACUCAGUGAACUACUAAUUGUAAGACUGUGGGGAUUUCCAGAAAGGACUUCUUAAUAUAAGGUAUCUGUAAGUAGUGAGUUGACCAGUGUCUUGCUGCUAGUCUCAUCUAUAACAGGCAUUGGUAGCUUUGUAAAGUAGUGGCCUGCUUAUAAGUUUGGGGAUGGAUUAAGAGGCAUUUCUGUCAUCUUCUGUGUCUCUUUGCUUUGAAGUUGUUAAAAUGUUAAAUUUCCAUUUACAUACCCCACACACAGCCACAUUCUGUUUGUUGCUGCACAUACCAAAAUGAUAUGUGUAAAAUGCUUGCUUAGGUUGUGAAUAAAUGUAACUUACAGGGUGCAUGUUCCAUAAAUAUGUAGAAAGUAUGUUGAACAGUUGGUACAUACUUUUUAUUUGUUUGUAGUGUAUAAGCCCACAGGAUCCAAUAAGAUGGAUUUGGAAGCCACCAAGUUACUGCUUAAACCCAUAUCUGUGACUAUGCCAACUCAUGGUCCCUAGAGAAGGCCAUGCAUAGACUAAUAAGUCACAUAAUUGUUUAGUUAAGUCACCAAUGUGAAUGCAUAGAUUAUAUUGCUCCAACCAAUGUGCCAAUCAGUUGAGAGACUGUACAGAAUUACUGGUCCCUUCCAAUUAAAAGUAAGCUGAUGGCCUGUAUAUAAGCCCUUUUGGGUUGAAUUUUGUUUUUCUCUUCUUAGUUAAUCUACUGAGGACUGUAGGCCUCUUAAACACACACACACCACACACACAUGGCCUGUACAUGCACAAAAUGAAUCUUCCUUAUGUUUAAGGGCCAACAUACAACUUUUAAUAUACACACAUUUCUUGUCCCAUAUUGAAACAGAUUCUCUAAAAAAUAUCAGAUUUAUGUGUCACUUUCCGUUUCUGCUACCAUUUCUUAUGCAACGAUGUCUAAAAAGUCAGCCCUAAAUGUUUACACACAAGCCUACCACAGCAAAGCUGAGCCUGUAAAUUAUAAAGAUAUAAAUCUCUCCAAUGAAUUCAAUCAGCUGAAUUGAGUUGCUUAUGUAUCGUAAUCCAAAGAUUAAUAAAUAUAAAAUCAACAAACA